UAGACAUAAUUUACAAAGACGUGAUCCUAAUUUGUCUUGGUUAGGUAGCCGAGCCGGAGCGGGAAGUGCGGAAAUGGAGGUGAUAUAAAGCGAAAUUCCUCCACCUGUUCCAGUCCAGUUACCUAUCAGGACAUUGCUCUAUGGCUUCGUCUCUGCUAUAUUCCACUUCUUUCUUUGGAAACCCAAUUCCCAUUUCAAUGCCAAUUCGAACCGGAAGAGCAGCAUCUACUCGCAGGAGAAGAGCUCUGCCAGUCCAGUCUUCCAAAGAGAUUAUGGACCAGAAACCAACCAGGCUGCUCACUUUUCUUGGCAAAGGCGGCUCGGGGAAGACCUCUUCAGCGGUAUUCGCCGCUCAGCACUUUGCAUUGGCUGGACUGCGGACGUGUCUGGUGAUACAUAAUCAAGACCCUACGUCUGAGUAUCUUCUGGAUUGUAAAAUUGGGAAUUCUCCCGUCGAAUGCGGUCACAACCUCUCAGCUGUUAGGUUGGAAACCACUCAAAUGCUUCUUGAACCUCUCAAACAGCUAAGGCAAGCAGAUUCUCGUCUUAACAUGACACAAGGAGUUCUUGAAGGGGUGGUUGGAGAAGAGCUUGGAGUACUUCCAGGAAUGGAUUCUGUCUUCUCGGUACUUCUACUUGAGAAAUUUCUUGGGUUCUCAGAGAAUAUGGCCCAAAGAGACCGAAAAGCUAACUAUGACAUAGUAAUAUAUGACGGUAUCAGCACCGAGGAAACAAUAAGGAUCAUGGGAGCGGCCAGUAAAGCGAGGUUGUACCUAAAAUAUAUGAGGAGCGCUGCUGAAAAAACCGAUCUUGGGAGAUUGGCUACUCCUUCAAUUUUGAGGCUUGUUGAUGAAGCCAUGGGUAUAAGCAGGCCAGGCUCCCAUCUCAGUGGUAGAACCAGUACAGAUAUAUGGGAGGCACUGGAACGCAUGUUAGAGAGAGGGUCUUCUGCAUUUUCAGAGCCAAGUAAAUUUGGCUGCUUUAUAGUGAUGGAUCCAACUAGUCCUGCCUCUGUUCAGUCUGCAUUACGGUACUGGGGUUGCACUAUUCAAGCUGGUGCACAAAUUUCUGGUGCAUUUGCUUUCAUUUCUUCACACCUGGAUGCAGAAUCCGUUUCUAGGUUGAAGGAGAACUUUUCCCCUUUAUCUUUGGCCUUUAUGCCAAAGUUCUCAAUUGGUUCCCCUGUAGAUUGGAACACAGUUCUGCAUGAUGCAUCAAGUAAAGGCCCGAGAGACCUUCUGUCUUCGUCAAAAAGCCAUAUCAGCAGUCUGCUAUCACCUGUAAAAUUCGAUCCUGGAAACAGAUCGGUUACACUUUUCAUGCCAGGCUUCGAGAAGUCAGAAAUCAAGCUUUACCAGUAUAGGGGAGGGUCUGAGCUGUUGGUAGAAGCUGGAGAUCAGAGGCGUGUCAUUUCUCUGCCUAAAGAAAUUCAAGGGAAGGUGGGUGGUGCCAAGUUCAUGGACAGAAGUCUUGUGAUCACAAUGCGUUGACGUAAUUAAUCACAAAAAUCCAUUUGGCUCCCAUUUCAGGUGCCACUUCGAAAUUAUUCAUAGUAAUUGUCAAUUAACCAAAGAUCCGUUAGAAGUCAUUAAGACAAAUGUACAAUUUUUUAAUCUACCAAAAGUCACAAGGUAAUAGAAUUUUGAGGGUCUGUUGGAAUUGGAAUGGUUCAUCUCUCUCUCUCCAUUUAUGAUUUUCGCUCUAUUUCUGCAAGAUCUUGAGCAUUUCUCUUCAACAUUCUGACACCAUCAAUGGUGAUGGAAAAAAUUCCUGGCUAGGGGGCUCAACUAGGGCGGAGAAUUUGCAAUUUGACCAUGGUUGGUCUGAAAUUAAGGAUAAAGAGAGAACUGUAUAUUUCCAAUUCUAUAUUUCUGAUUCAUUUCUAUUUGACUGUCUAUUCUUGAAUUGAAUUCAGUAUUUUCUUGCUUUUUAAUUCCAUACUGUACAGCGCACAGAAGCUACCAGACUGAGUACAUAAUCUCUCGCAUCUUUCCAGUAGAUUGGUAAAUAUACAAUGUCCAAUGCGAAUGAUCUUCUGUAGUAGCAUUGAGUUACAUGUAGUAUAUGAUUGCUGAAAUUAAAUUGGG